UUAAGUGAUAUGUCAUGUUGUCCUAGCAAUUAACGUUUUGUCAUUUUCGUGUUAUUUUGUUGUUCAACAAAGUUAUUUAGAAUGUUUCUAGAUAUAAUUUAUUAUGGAAAGUUUUCAACCCGAAUAUGACAAAAACGGUGUAUUAUCAGAUACUUUCUGGAAGACUCCGCAGCGCGCCAUCCCGGGUAGACCCUGUCAGAGGGUCGGACAAAGCGAGGUUAUGUCGGGCUCAUCGUAUCAGCAAUUCCAGGCGUCCGUGAACGAUGCCUGGGACCUAGGAGACGACGACAUCAUUUCUGGCAUCGCCGAGACCAGAAUAUCGAAGGCCAUAUCGCAAACAGUUGCUUUAAACGUGAUAAAUUCUCAUAGAAAUAGUAAUAAGAACGUAAACAAAAGUGACGUAAAAGUUGAGACUGAUAAUGUGAAAUCGGAAAAUGAAGCGAAGGUUGUUAAAAGGAAUGAAGUUAAGAAAGUGGGGAGCGGUGCUGGGGUGAGUUCUGGAAUUAUGCGUCCGUAUCCUGGCCGUCCAAGACCCGUUCGUCUGUCGGCACUCACUUCACGGGAGGAGAGUAAUGAAUCGAAGCUUGAGAGAUUCCAGCAGCUGCAAGAAAAUGCGGUCGUAGACUUGAAUGAACUCAAACAACUAAGCUGGUCUGGUAUUCCAGUCAAGGUUAGGGCUAUAACGUGGCGUCUCCUAGCCGGUUACCUGCCUGCGAAUACCGAGCGUCGAGCAGAGACUCUCCAACGUAAGAGAGCGGACUAUAAACAUCUAGUGCGACAAUACUACGAUGCCGAACGUGACGACGACACAUACAGACAGAUCCACAUAGACAUACCGCGAAUGAGUCCGCUUGUCGCGCUCUUCCAACAAUCCACUGUGCAGGUGAUGUUCGAGAGGAUCCUUUAUAUAUGGGCUAUAAGACAUCCCGCGUCUGGAUAUGUGCAGGGGAUCAAUGACCUGGUGACGCCAUUCUUCAUGGUAUUCCUUCAGGAGGCUGCGCCGGGAGAGGAACUCGACAAUUUUCCAUUAGACAAACUCACAGAAGAACAGAGAGAUAUAAUCGAAGCUGAUUCAUUCUGGUGUUUAUCCAAAUUCCUCGACAGUAUACAGGAUAAUUAUAUAUUUGCUCAGCUUGGAAUACAAUACAAAGUGAAUCAGCUGAAAGAAUUGAUCAAACGUAUCGACAAACCGCUUCACGAACACCUACAAAACCAUGGCGUGGAUUACCUGCAGUUCUCAUUUCGUUGGAUGAACAACCUUUUAACGAGGGAGAUACCAUUAGCAUGCAGUAUCCGUUUAUGGGAUACCUACCUAGCAGAAUCUGAUGGGUUCGCUACCUUCCAGCUUUACGUCUGUGCUGCUUUUCUCCUCCAUUGGAGAGAAAGACUUCUACUAGAAAGGGACUUCCAAGGCCUCAUGAUUCUAUUACAGAAUGUGCCCACUCAGAAUUGGACCGAUUCUAAUAUAAGCAUGCUUGUUGCUGAAGCUUACAAGCUCAAAUUUGCAUUCGCUGAUGCUCCCAACCACUUGCAGUCAGACAGAUGACCUGCUUAAGCUGGAAUAGGUCAACCAGGGUAUAUGAGCAGAUGGAUAUGGCAGUAUGGAUAGCUGAGACUGAAGUAUUGUUGGGUUGUAUCAGUGGAAAUGUUUAUAUGUAUUUUGUAUGUAUAAAAAUAGCAAGAGAAUCAAGAUGAUUUUGUUUUAUAUUGUGUAUUAUUGAAAUUAUUUGCUGAUGUUGUGAAGGUUAUAAUUAUUACAUUUACUGCCCUUAGUAUUUUUAUUCCUGUGACGUUUGAUGCUUGUGGUGCCUAUACUUUUUUAAAACGGCAACACCGAUCACCGACAUGAUUAAUUUAUUGUACGUUAUUGAGUCUCGUUAAUAAAGUUCACAAAUAUAACCUAAGCAAAUAACGCAUUUUAUUAAUCAGUUUUUUUUUUUUUAUUAUUAUUAGGUCUAUAAUAUUUUAGCAAUGGUCUAGAAGAGUGGUUAUUGAAAACUGUUUGAAAAAGGUCACUUUUAUCCGAGAUACUUCACUAUGAAGAACUCAAGCUUUUACUAUUAAUUUGUAAUAGUUGAUGGGACAUAAUUUGUUUACAUAAUUAUGUAAUACCUACUUCGAUAUUAAAUCAAAGUUUCUGUUAAACUCAUUAAUUAUUACAUUAAAAAUUAUCUCGUAUUGUACUCUUUAAUUGGUCUGAUUUUAUAUGUCGGUGUUUAUUAUAAUCUAAUUACGCAGGCCUAAUAAUAAAUUAAUUUGGUGAAUUUCACAAUGCGUUUGUUUUAGUUAUAGGGGGCAGCGCCUGCCGAUAUUAUGUAAAAUACAUACGUCCUCAGAUUUGUGGUUUUGUGAAAGUUUUCUUUUCAUGUUAUAUUUGAGUUUAUUAAGAUGUUAAUUUACUAGAUUGAUUAUAGCGGAUUAUACACAUUAUUAAUUGUGUUUUAUUAA